CCAUUUUCUCUUUUCCUUUUGGGUCAGGAAUUGUGUUCAUUCUGCUGUCAUAUACUAUUUUGCAUUCUUUUAUGCACAAACUGCUCAUUUAUUCCAUUUAAAUAUAGUGGAGUGAAGUGAUAGACACUUUGUUCUUGUCCAUAUAUUUCAGUUCCUUCAUAUACAAUGUCAAUAUCAAAAUGAUUAAUUUAUUGGUUUUCUGCUGAUAUUAGCAUGUCUCAGCUUACUCUCUGCGAUUGUGUAUAUGCAAUGCUCCACGAUGGUAUAAAUUGGCAUCUGAACAAAGAAACUAGAAAGACAGUCUAGUAUUCUCCUACCGGCGUUUUUUAUUUGGUCCACUUACUGAAUCUUCAUUUUGUUUUUAUGUUUGCUAAUAUCAUCAUGUCUCUACUAACUCUGCCAUUGUGUAUAUCCACUGCUACAAGAUGGUAUAAUCAGUGUCUGCUCAGGGAAUGAAAAAAAACUACCUGGCAUUCUCCAACCAGCUUUGAUAUUUGGUUCACUUGUUGUCGUUUAGUCUUGAUUUUUUUUUGUAUGCCUUUCAUUGGUCCAACACUCCACUUGAGAAACAGUUGUCUGCAGUGUCAUUAUACUUGUAUGUGUAAAACAUAUUUGUGGCAUCUUGCAACUGUGAAAUCGAUUCACUUGGAGAGAGUUCUUUCAAACCCCACGUAUAACCAAAUGACAAAUAAUCUAGGUAUUUAUGUGUUAUGUGUUCCAUCUCUUUGUUUUCUUCUAGUUUUGGUGUAUUGUUAUUGCAAUCUAACAGCAACUCAGAGAGAGAGAGAGAUUGGCUGAGAACUCAUUUGCUGAUAUUCUUGGACUUUUUGUAACUGGAACUUGGUUCAUGUGACCAAAAUAACAUAGAUACGAUUGUGCUUUUGAGCUAUGGGUAAGUGACAUAAUGCAAUUUUGCUGUUCGCAUAUCAAAUUAAUUGAAGGUGUCCAAUUUUCAUAAUUUAAACCCAGUGCAGAAGUUAUUUUCUUCACUUGUCUUCUAAUAUUCCAUCAGAAAGCUAUUUAGUAGUAUCUUUCUUUGUCUAAAGUACAGCCAUCGAAAAAGCCUAUCCUUGCACGUCCUCCUUUCUUUAAGAAUAAUCAGCUUUAAAUUUUUAUUGUUUACCUUUUCUCUCAUUUUAUAUUGUUACAAAUUACAACUGACUUGUCUUAUUAAUAUUAUGCAAAUAGGUCACAAAUAAUUGCUUUGUUUUUGAAGAAACUAAUUAUUGUUUUAUUGUUGAAAAAAGAAUAACAUCACCUCUUUGUUGCUGUUUUCUGGUUAUUACCUUUUCAUUUAAAUUGAUUUUAGAAGAAAAGAAAUUGAUUCUAGCUUCUUGCAUCUUUGUAUGACAAAGUUUAUCUUGUUCUAGCAUAUCUGUUUUGACAAACCAUUUGCUUCUACAUAACGCUGAUCUCAUAGCUUUUAUUGGUAUUCCACUAUUCUUAUCCUAUGUUGUUCUCAAAUUGAACUUAAAAUCUUUUGAGAAAGACAAGAUCGUUGCUUCCAAGUAAUUUUAGCAUUUUGGUAAUUUUUGACUUGAUGUUGUUUCUUAGGCUUAUAGGAUUUGCUCUUCAAAUGCCACUACAGUGAUCCAGUUUUAUGUUAGGCCUUUUAUGGUAGAGCGGUUCAUCAUUCAAUUGUAUCAAUAGCUUACUGAUUGUCUUGUCUACUUUAUCAUCUGUUCUUUGUCUAUUAUAGAAUUAUUUUGUUCAUCUUGGGCUUGAAUUCAUCUGGUUGAUGCUUGCCUUGCUGACUUGAUUAUAAUGGAAAAUGUGUAGAACUCAUACCAAGGUUUCUGCUAAAUAUAGUUAUUUCCUUGAUGACUUUAUGGAUUGAUGUCAGAGAUUUUACUGAGUUCAGCUGUGUGAAGUUAACACUAUCAGCCUUAUAAAGUUGAUUUUAUCAGCAAUCAAUUAUGCAAAAGAACUGCCUCGCAUUUGGCAUGCCUGUUCCACCUGGAAGAGGUGCUGUGACAAAAAUAUCGGUUAUCCAUGAAUGUUUGUCAUGAGUUGUUCCACCAUAGUUUCUCUUCAAUGUCUGGUGUUGCUAUACCAUCAUUCUCAAAAACAAAAAAGAAAUGAAAAUGCCCGAAUUGACAUUUGAUGGAAGUCACUGGUUGCUGAUUGCUGUGAUCAGAUCAAUCUACAUCAUGCGAAACAGAGAUUUUCAUAGUUGACUGUGGUUUAGGUUUAAACAGCUUUUUGAUCGAUAUGCCUAGAGGAUGAGCUUUAACAAUAACGAAUAUAGCACAACAGAAUCAUCUGAUGAUGUUGAGAAGCAAGAGAAUGAUGAUAUUUCAGAUGAAGAGGAGUCUUAUUUCUUCGAUACAAAAGAGAGUUUUAAUGAUGUUUCCGAUUCCUGUGCUUUUAAUAUAAGGGUGGCAAAUCAUGAAACUACAACUUCCAAAAGAGAGAGCAAGACUGGUGAUGUGGAGAUAAUGUAUACCGAAGAAGAACUUCAUUGUCAACAUAUGUUCCCCCAUAUUGAAAGGCGAAAGAAUCUGCCAGCACCACUUGAGAAGGAGAAAAGUAUUAGCCUUUGGUCUUUGAUUAAAGACAAUGUCGGAAAGGAUUUGACACGUGUUUGUCUACCGGUCUACUUCAAUGAACCAUUGUCAUCCCUUCAGAAGUGCUUUGAGGAGCUUGAGUACUCGUAUCUCUUGGAUCAAGCAUUUGAAUUUGGCAAAAGGGGGAACAGUCUCAUGAGAAUUCUGAAAGUAGCUGCCUUUGCAGUCUCCGGUUAUGCUUCUUCCAUUGGUCGAAGUUGCAAACCAUUCAAUCCUUUGUUAGGGGAGACAUACGAAGCCGACUUUCCCGAAAAGGGAAUCCGCUUCAUCUCAGAAAAGGUUAGCCACCACCCAAUGCUCAUUGCCUGCCACUGUGAAGGCAAAGGUUGGAAGUUUUGGGGUGACAGCAAUCUCACCUCUAAAUUUUGGGGCCAAUCCAUCCAGCUUGAUCCCGUUGGUGUUUUGACCCUGGAAUUUGAUGAUGGUGAGAUAUUCCAAUGGAGUAAGGUAACUACUACUAUAUACAACCUCAUCUUUGGCAGACUUUACUGUGAACACCAUGGAACUAUGAACAUAAGAGGCAACAGGCAAUUUUCAUGUCAACUCAAGUUCAAGGAAAAGUCUCUUUUUGAUCGUAAUCCUCGGCAAGUUCAAGGCUAUGUUGAGGAUGUCACGGGGGCAAAAGUUGCCUCCUUACUGGGAAAAUGGGACGAUCUCAUGUACCGCAACAAAGGAGAUGAUGUUCCUAACAAGACUUGUAAUAUAACACAAAACAUGUGUUUAUUAUGGGAAAGGAGUAAGCCUCCUGCUAAUCCAACUCGAUACAACUUAACAUCAUUUGCCAUUACACUAAAUGAGCUAACUUCCGAGCUGCAGGAGAAACUUCCACCUACAGAUUCAAGACUUCGUCCAGACCAGAGGCAUCUGGAAAAUGGGGAAUACGAAAAGGCAAAUGCAGAAAAGUUGCGAUUGGAGAAAAGGCAGCGAAUGUCAAGGAAAUUGCAAGAGAAUGGUUGGAAGCCGCGAUGGUUCCAACAAGAGGGUGAAGAUGGCACGUAUCACUACGUUGGUGGAUAUUGGGAAGCAAGAGAGCAGAAGAAGUGGGAUGGAUGUCCAGAUAUAUUUGGCGAAUUUUAGAUGAUGCUGGUUUCUCUCCCGACGCUGAACAUUGUUUCAGGUGGGUACUGCUUAACAUCGGACAUCCGUGCUGCCGGAGGUUAUCUUUGAGCAGGUUGUAGAUUGGCAGCAUUAUGGCAGAGUCUGAUGUAGCACUUAUGUGGCAUUUUGCAGUACGAAGGGAAGCCUCUCUAAAGUUGUCUUCGAAUCAGAGUAGUUUUCCUUCAUAGGUUUAUACUUCUUUUCCAUCCAUUUGUUACAGUAGUAAUUUGUUUAUGUAGCCAAUACCGAUUCAGUCCCCUAUGGGAAGUUUAGUCAACAAAUGAGUGUCAAAAUAGGUAAUCUUUUCAAUAGAUGAAGCAAAAAUGGGUAAUUUUUGCCGCGAGAGCAUUACGAGCGAUAUUUAAGCUAUGUAAUAUGAUGACAAUAAGAUGGUCAUCCUGAUUCAUCUUUUGUCCAAAUGUUGUGUUGUUUGAUAUCUUCUAUUUUCAAUACAAUAAAUGUAAGCUUGACAUCAGAAUCA